AUGUCUUACGUCCUCCUCCUUGUCUUCGUGCUCCAGCUCGCCAUCCACCUGAUCAACAAAUUCGGCGCCCAGACGAUCAACGAGCUGUUAUGGACCAUCUACACCAAACUACCCACACCACAAUCGAAAGAUGCAUCGGACAGUGGUCGCCUACGAGCAGAAGUGGUACGACUACAGCGUGAAAUGAACGCCGUGAGCGCACAGGAUGAUUUUGCCAAAUGGGCGCGGCUGCGACGAGAGCACGACAAGGCCAAGGACAAGUAUGAGAAGCAAUCCUCCUCCCUCACCUCCUUCCGCACAAACUUCGACCGCAUCAUCUCCGCCCUCCGCUGGGCCGGCACCCAAGGCCUCCAAUUCUUCUGCAACUUCUACUACAGCAAAGAAGCCCUCUUCUGGCUCCCCCAAGGCUGGGUCCCCUAUCCCGCCGAAUGGAUCCUAUCUUUUCCUCGCGCACCACUGGGCAGCGUGAGUAUUAACCUCUGGUCUAUGGCGUGCGCGAGCGUGAUUGCGUUGGUGAGUGAGGGUGUGAGGGCGGCGUGGACACUGAGGGAGGGGAGGGUGGUGGAGGGGAGUAAUAAGGGGGAGAAGAUACGGAUGGAGGCUAUUGGUUCGGGUGGGGUGAAGGGGCAAAAGGGGCUGUGA